AUGGCGACGGGGUACUGGCUGGAGAACUUGAGAAAGUUGAGGCCAUUUUUGCACCUUCUUUUGCCAUUAUGCGUGCACUUGAUUGCUGAAGAAAUUAUCGUUUCUGUAUUGGUUGAUGUCACCACUAACGCUCUUUGUCCUGGCCGGAAAACUUGCCCUCGAGCAAUUUACUUUAGUUGUCUACGGCAAACUGUUGUUGGAAUAUUCAAGAUGUUAGUACUUCCACUCUUACGUCCGCUUGCUGAGGAUUAUGGGCCUAAACCGCUGCUUAUUCUCAUUGUACCUACGAAUAUUAUACCUUUCACUUUACUUGCCAUUGAUCAAUCAAAAGGAUCUGUGUAUGCCUAUUAUGUGCUCCGGACUAUCACUUAUAUCAUAAGUCAUGGGAGCAUUUUCUACAUUUCUGUUGCUUUUGCAGCAGACGUCGUGGGUGAUGGUUCCCAAGUCAUAGGGAAUGUCUUAGAACGUUUUCUUCAAAAUAAUGACAUUUUUGAGGCAGACGUCGAGGAUGAUAGUGAGUCCUUCUUGCAGGCAGAGUUCGGGGAUGAUAGUGAGUCCUUGCAGGCAGACGUCGAGGAUGAUAGUGAGGCCUUGCAGGCAGACGUUCAGGAUGAUAGUGAGUGCCCUGCAGGGGCGGACCUAGCACCCGGCGAGGGGGCAUGGCCGCCAGUGCUAGAUCCGCCGGAGUCUUCAAUACAGCCGACGCCACCGGGUCACUGUUGUAGUGGGAAUGCAAAAAUAUUUGUUGCUGGCGUGCAAUCCAUUGCAAGUUUAUUAUCUCCACUCGCAAUGAUUCCAUUAACCACGUGGUUCCUAUCCAGCAAUGCUCCUUUUGACUGUAAAGGCUUCAGUAUUAUAUUUGCAUCUAUAAGCAUGGAUAAUAAAACACCAUUUGAAAGUCUGUGUGACUGA